AUGAUACCCGCCUGGCUUGGUGUGUUUAUAGAAUUCGCCUUCUUGUUGAUUGUCUCCCUCCCCAGCAGCACAUCCCAGUUCGGGAGCGAGACAAGGCAACCCUCAGGCGUGGGACAUCUUGCAACUUCCGAUAAUCUCAUGCCUUUGGUCGGUGGCCAGGAUUCCUAUGCCUAUUGGAAUUGCCACGAGAUACCGCCUAACAUGACAUUAUGCAAAAGUGUAGGGUACUCGCAGAUGGUACUUCCCAACUUUCUGAUGCACGAAAGUCUCAGAGAGGCAAUCCAACAGGCCAACGUCUGGGUCGUUCUGGUUAACACAAAAUGCCAUCCCCACAUACAGCGUUUCCUAUGCUCGCUGUACGCACCGGUCUGUCUAAAGAGCCACCAAGAGUCGAAAAUUCCACCUUGUCAGGAGCUCUGUGAGGAUGUUAGGCACGCCUGCUUGCCACGAAUGCACAUGUACGGCUUUGAUUGGCCCACCAUCGUGCAGUGUGACCAGUUCCCCAAGCAGCAGGAGAGCAUGUGCAUUCCUUCUGAGAAGAAUUCAGGUAAGCCAUAUUCACCAGAAUUCAAUCCGGCUGUGAUUAAACUAAUACUUGUUUAA